GCUGUCUUCACCUGGUCCAGUCUUUUGGUAGUCGUCGUAGAACUCUUGGGCGAGGAACACGAAGCUAUGGAUCUGGUGCAUCCAAUAACCUCUCAUGUUCUAGCUGAGCACCAACUCAUUGUCGGCGUCGUCGUCGUCACCGACCCUGGAACGGUGCCUCUUAGUCCACAGGGUGAGAAACAACGAAUUCUGUUGCGCGAUAACUUUGUGAAUGAUCGUCUUGAUCCCAUAUAUGUCUCGUACAACAUGUGA